AUGAAGAAAAAGUUGGAAGCUGCUUGUCAGGGUGCUAAUGUAAAAUUGGAUGAUGUUGCCAUGGUUCUUGAUGGCCUUUUGUUGGAGUAUGAAGUGGUUGUUAGUCCUGGAAGAUGUCAUCAGCUCUCCUUAACAAAAAGCGUGCUUGGCCCGAUAUUUGAGUACUUCAAGAAGUUGAUCGAUAAUGUCUCAUCAGAAAAGGAUGCUUUGCUGCUGAGAUGCUGCACGGUGGAAGAGAAGGCUGGGUUGCUCCUAAAGAAGUUGGAAGCAAGUGAGAAGUUAAAAUCUGAAUAUCAAAGUCGCUAUGAAGAUGCUGUAAAGGACAUGAACAAUCUCUCUCAUCAUUAUAAGAAGCGCAUGAGUGAAAUGGAGAGCAAUUGCCGCUCAAUUGAGGAUAAAUGUUCAAGUUUGCUUGAAAUGCUCGAUGGCGUGAAGCAGGAAUCUCUGGACUGGAAACUAAAGUAUGAGGAGUCAUUUACUAAUAGGAAAGAUUUUGAUGAUCGGAAUUAUUUAAAAGAAAAAGUCAGUGAUCCUCGGCCCAGGGACGUGUCAUCCAAAUUUUCUAGGGCUGGCAAACAAGCUUGGUGUCCAGAACCAAAACCUUCUGCUAAUGAAGCUCAGAUGGCUUUUGAAGAGGCACGUCAAUGGAAAGAUAAGUACGAUCUUGCUGUAAAUGAAUCCAAGGAUGCCAUGGAGAAAGCAGAGGCGGAGCUUAAACUUUUAGCUGAUCAAACAAAGCUUAGAGAAGGAGCCCUCAGGGUGGAAUUCUCCAACAGCUUAGCGAAAAAGGACGAGGAAAUUAAGGACACAAUGAUGAAGCUUGAAGAUGCUGAGCGAAGAUUAAAUACUUUAACGUCCAAUCUCCAGGUUGGGGAGAAAAGAAUACAGGCCUAUGAUUUGGAAACCUCAAAUUUGAAGCUUCAGUUUAAGGAAUUGAAUGACAAGUAUGAGUUUAUUAAAGCAUCUGCUCAAUCACUAGAAAACCAAGCACAAAUGAGGUUACAGGAAAAAUUGGAAUUGGAGCAGAAGUACCUUGCUGAGUCAAAAAGACUUGAGGAGAUCCAGGCUAGGUGUAAGGUUGCCGAAGAGGAAGUUAAUGUAGCUCAGGCGAGGUUGAAGGAAAAGGCCGAAGUCGAGCAGAAGUAUCUUGCUGAGUCGAAAAGACUUGAGGAGAUCCAGGCUAGGUGUAAGGUUGCCGAAGAGGAAGUUAAUGUAGCUCAGGCGAGGUUGAAGGAAAAGGCCGAAGUCGAGCAGAAGUAUCUUGCUGAGUCGAAAAGACUUGAGGAGAUCCAGGCUAGGUGUAAGGUUGCCGAAGAGGAAGUUAAUGUAGCUCAGGCGAGGUUGAAGGAAAAGGCCGAAGUCGAGCAGAAGUAUCUCGCUGAGUCGAAAAGACUUGAGGAGAUCCAGGCUAGGUGUAAGGUUGCCGAAGAGGAAGUUAAUGUAGCUCAGGCGAGGUUGAAGGAAAAGGCCGAAGUCGAGCAGAAGUAUCUUGCUGAUUUGAAAAUGCUCAGGGAAACCCAUGAAAGGUGCAAGUCGUCGACGAAUGAGUCUGCAACAGCACGGUUUGAGCAAGGACAGUAUAUUAUUGAAUCAGAUCUUACAGGUAAACCAGUGACUUUGCUAGAAGAAAUGCUUAAAGAAAGAAACCAAGAAAUCGAUCAAUGGAAAUCCAAGUGUGAGCAACUGUCAAGCUCAAUUCAAGUAGUGGAUGAUGCAGUUUUGGAAUCAGAACGUGAUUUGACAACGUCGUUUGAUCCGGAAUCACUGGAAGCAAAACUUCAUUCAAUCGAGCAACAUCUGAACUCUGAAAAUGCAAACGAGGACGAUGAGAUGCUGAGUGAGAUGAAGUUUCCAACUCCGUCGAAACGAACAUGGUCGCCAGAGCUCCCUGGGAGUUUUGCUUCUCCCAGCCAAAGCAUGGCUUCCGACGGAGGAUUAAAAACUGAGCAGCAGAGGAAAAGACAGAAGACCAACAUGUCAUUGCAAAAAUGCACGUCCACAGAGGUGGGCAAAGAGUCUGCUUUGAAGGUGGAUAGUGAAGCUGAAGAUGAUGCUGAGAGCAGGAAGCCUGCUGAUUCAGUAGUUAGUUACGCCAAGUUAACUGUGGCUAGAAUGCGGCAAGAACUCAAUGAUGGCGGUUUUGGAGCUGAGUUGCUCAAGCUGAAGAGCAAGCAAAAGAAGGACGUGUAUGCUCUCUACAAAAAACACGUCCUCAAGAACUGA